AUGCCUCGAAAAUCGAUUGAUAAUUUGGAUAACAGACUUGGAAAUCUGACUGGAAAUGCUGGAAUUUUGAGAUUUGGAACAUGGAACAUUAGAACCUUGUAUAAACCAGGUUCUUUACAAUGCGUAUUAAAGGCAUCCUUGUCGAGAUUAGUAAAGAAAUUUGAACCCAUCAACGACCGAAUAUGCUACAUAAUAUUAACUGGGAAAAUAUUUGAUUCAGUGAUCAUCAAUUGUUAUGCUCUAACGGAAACGGCAGAUUGUGAACUAAAGGAUCAAUUUUACGAUGACCUUGAUAGAGUACUUGACAAUAUCCAUAAAGAAUACAUAAAAAUAGUAGUAGAAGAUUUUAAUACUCAAGUAGGGCGAGAGAAUAUCUUCAUACCAAUUGUGGGCAAAAAAAUUUUACACAAAGAAAGCAAUAAUAAUGGUAUGAGAUUAAUUAGUCUAUGCACAGAUAAAGGGCUGGUAAUAAGCAGUACGCAGUUCCAACGAAAGGAUAUAUAUAAACAUACUUGGAUAGCCUCAGAUGGCCAAUAA